GUUCGUUCCAUUCAAGCAAACUAACUAUUACCAGCAGUCAGUGGUCAACAAAUGCACAAAUGCACAAAUGCAUGCACGAAGGCACAGAACGUCUAACCCCCACAGACAUACCUACACUAGUGUUCGCAUCACAGGCCAGAGCAGACGAGCAAUGAUCAUCGACUGCACUCACAGACACGACACAAUACAAUACAAUACACAUAGCUUCGGCAGUAAGCCCUCCUUCCCAUCUUUGCAGUCGGUAGGUAGGUACGUCCCACCAAAGAGGCACACGCAGACGGGCACACUCUCAUCCACACCCAUCACAGUGCAUUCUGAGUCACUCACUCCGUGCAUUCAUUCUCCACUAGCGCAAGAGCACCCCAGCCACACCUGUACAGCAAACCCGCCCACAUGGUUGAAAACGAACGAAAGCCCACUCAACGAACGUCUCACGUGUGUCGGUCGCUCACCCAGCUGUGCUUCCUUCCUGCGUUAUCUAUCAUCACAUUCUCUGCCUUGCUGUCGUUGUCGUCGACGGCAGCUUCUGGUUGGUGUCUGCGGGCAUGUUGCUCAUGGGAGGGACACCCUCCGCCGUGACCCUCUGGCGGCCGCUGCGAUCGCUCUCCAGGGCCGCCAGACGACGGUCAAGCUCUGCACACACCACACAGGACCUCCCAUGCACCAUGUUGCCCUCCCUCCCCUCUCGCCCACCGUUGACUUUGCGCUCGAGUGCAGCAAAUUGGAUCGCGUCGGCUCUCGACGCCUCGUCGGCGGCAGGAGCAGCUGCACGACGAGGCAGCACCAUCGUCGGCUGUACGUCGUACACACAAUCAGUAUGUGGCCUGUUGUCUUGUGUCCUCCCUAGCUGCUGCAAUCAAGCACGUACCUUGCCCGGCAGCAACUUGUCCACCGUCGACUUGAAACCCUUCGGACCCUCGGCGGCGAGUUGAUAGACGCACAUCACCCUGAGCGUCGAGUCGUUCUUGAGCGCCCGGAUCUUCGCCUCAGGGUUGGUGAAGUUCCCCUUCUCGAUCUCCUCGCGCCACUGCUUCUCCGCCCACGCAUACCGUCUGUUGGUCACACGGUAUGUCGUCAAAGGGGGACUCCAAUCGGAGCCAUAUCGAAGGAAAUGCGCAAUCGCCCACAUUCCCUUCUCGAAGAGCGGGAGAGGGGAGGAGAUGGAGAGGGGCACGAAC